AUACUACAAAGCAUAGAUACUAAAGACAUGAGAGAAAAAAUGAUGAUUAAAAUUCACCCCAUCAAAUUACUCGAUAAUUAUACCCGAGAGCUCCCCUUAAGACAGCUUGCUGUCUUUGGUUCCUUAACGCGAAGACAUCCUGAUUCCACAAGUUUAAGUCAUAGUCGUUUUGCCAAACAAUCUGAUAUAGAAAUCCAAAGGCUGGACGUUCGACUUGAUUAUUGGUACGAUCGUAUAAGACAGAUCCGGCUGGAAUGGGGAUUAUAUUGUUGUUUCCGUCUGUAA